AUGGCAGAUGACGAGCUAGCCCAGAUUAGAGCCGCCCGGCUCGCCCAGUUAAAACAACAAGGUGGUGGUAGAGGUGGAGGCCCAACUGGAGAUGGGGGUCACGACGAUGAUCAAAAGAAGCAAGAAUCCGAAGCACGGUCCUCCAUCCUCCACCAAAUCCUCGAACCCGAAGCCCAGGAUAGGUUAGGCAGAAUUCGUCUGGUCAAGGAAUCGCGAGCCACCGAUGUCGAGAACAGACUCAUAACACUCGCCCGCUCAGGUCAAUUGCGGUCCAAAGUCACCGAAGACCAACUCAAGGACAUGCUAGCCAGUCUCUCGGAACAUGAAAAGCAGUCAGGACAAACUCUAGAAAGCGUCAAGGUUGUGCGAAGAGGAGGGUGGGAUGACGAUGAUGAUCUUGACGACCUCUUGAAAGAUUCAUGA